AGGUGGAUUACAGAUGGACGGCGGAGAUGUAUAUGAACCCCCAUCGUUCAACUCUAUAUAAUCCUCACACCGCGCCCUUUCCGCAGAAGCCCUAGAUUACGAGAAAGGUAGGGGCGAAGGUCGCGAGGAAUCGGGUGGCUAUGACUUUCAAGCGCAGGAAUGGCGGCCGCAACAAGCACGGCCGCGGCCACGUCAACUUCAUCCGCUGCUCCAACUGCGGCAAGUGCUGCCCCAAGGACAAGGCUAUCAAGAGGUUCCUUGUGAGGAACAUUGUCGAGCAGGCUGCUGUGAGGGAUGUCCAGGAGGCUUGUGUCUAUGAUGGGUACACUCUCCCGAAGCUGUAUGCAAAGAUGCAGUACUGCGUCUCCUGUGCGAUUCACUCGCAUGUGGUUAGGGUCAGGUCUCGCGAGGCCAGGAGGAACCGUGAACCACCACAGCGAUUCAGACGGCGGGAUGACAUGGCAAGGCCUGGGCAAGGAUCUCGCCCUGUUGGAGCUGGAAAUCCUGGUCGCCCGUGAAGUCGUCUUAUCCUUUAGAGCUCAAAGAGUGUGGUAUUUUGAUGGGGAUUUUAAGCAUUGAAUAUCAUCCUCUAGACUUAGAAGACCUAGUUAGGGAGGUCAAGUAUUAUCACCAUUUCGAGUUUGUUAAAGUUUCGUGGACUUUCGGUUAAUCCAUUUGUUGCUUAACCGAUCAGAUUACUUUGAAGAGUAUUUGAACCAUUUUCUGUGUUUUUUUCUUCAACAGAGAUUUGGCGCUGAUAUGAUAAUGUUCAAAGCAGUGUGAUUACUGGAACACAAACUCAAAUGAAAGUUAAAAGUUGUGCACAAUUUGUCUGUUUGAUCA